AUGAAUCCAAAUAAAGUAAAUCAACUUUCAUCAGUAGCUGAAGAUACUGAACAAUGCCAAAGUAGAACAAAUAUUGUCGUAAAACCAGUCUGGUUAGAUUGUGAUCCGGGUCAUGACGAUGCAUUUGCCAUUUUACUUGCUGCCUACCAUCCGUAUUUGAAACUGAUUGGCAUCUCAACUGUCGUGGGUAAUCAAACAAUCGAUCGGACGACAGCUAACGUCUACAAAGUCUUACAUUUGGCUAAUAUAAAAAAUAUUCCAGUUAUACAAGGUUGUUCAGAGCCACUCUGUCAACCAAUUUCAACAUGUCCAGAAAUUCAUGGACAAACAGGUAUGGACGGUGCCGAUAUACCAGAAGCGCCACAAAAACACAAUGUUGAAGACGAUGAAAACUAUCUAUGGAAAAUAUACCGAUUAAUCGUUGAUAAUGGUUCUCGUAUCACUUUAAUGGCCACUGGUCAACUAACAAAUGUUGCUCUUCUAUUAAAAGUAUUUCCUAAAGUGAAAAAUUAUAUUGAAGAAAUUGUUAUCAUGGGUGGAUGUAUUGGACUUGGUAACAUGUCACCCGCAGCUGAAUUUAAUAUUCUCAAUGAUCCAGAAGCCGCUCAUAUUGUCUUCUCUAGCAAUGUUCGUCUUGUUAUGGUACCAUUAGAAGUAACACAUACCGUUUGUGUGACACCCGAUAUUUCACAACGUUUGGAUUUAAUAAAUAGUCGUUUUUCAACAAUUCUCAAUCAUCUCUUACAUUUUUUUGCAUCAACGUAUAGUGUCAAAAAUAUUUUUUGA